CCUCGAGGGUACGACGUGCAGGAACUUGGUGCAUGAGCUUGCGAGAAGCCGACCCGUUAACACCAAUGAGUUGUUCGACGCUGCCACCAACUACGCCGCCGGCGAGGAAGCGGUUGGUGCCAUCUUCGACGACAAAUCGAGCAAGCACAAAGACGAUGCGCCCGCGGAGGGCGCCAGCGUCAAACCCAAUGCCCCCGCCAAGAAACUGAAGCGGGGGAAGAAGGGAAAGAAGCCGGUCCCAGCAAGCCAGCGCGGGUCGAGACAGGCAGAGGACUCCGAGGAGGCCUUUGCAGCUGUCCCAGACUGCAAGGGACCUCGAGGCCCCCCUCGAGGCGGUGGUGGCCAGUUCGACGACAUGCUUAAGAAGCCGUGUCCUUACCACAAGGGCCCGGUCAACCAUACCCUCGAGCAGUGCGAGAUGCUCAAGAAAUACUACAACCGCGUCGCGCAUCGCGACGAGGACAAGAAGAAGGAUGCUGGCGACAAAGGUGGAGAUGACGAGUUCCCCCCAGUGGAGAACGCCUUCUUCAUCUUUGGAGGAACAACGACGAAUAUGACUUCUCGGCAGCGCAAGCGUGAGCGCCGCGAAGUCUUUUCCGUUACCAAAGCCACGCCAUCCUACCUCGACUGGUCGAAGGAUACCAUCGCCUUUGGCCGCGAGGACCACCCCGACUACGUCCCGCAUCCGGGACGGUAUCCGCUCGUUGUCGAUCCCAUCAUCGGCAACACUCGCUUCUCCAAGGUGCUCAUGGACGGAGGCAGCAGCCUCAACAUCAUGUACGCCCCUACCUUGGAGCUCAUGGGGAUCGGACUGGACAAGCUUCGCCCCAGCAAGUCGCCAUUCCAUGGCGUUGCGCCGGGGAAGCGAGUCCAACCCCUCGGCCAGAUCGAUCUGUCUGUAUGCUUCGGCACAGCCGCCAACUUCCGCAAGGAGGUUCUUACUUUCGAGGUGGUGGGAUUUCGAGGGUCCUAUCAUGCCAUCCUUGGUCGUCCUUGCUACGCCAAGUUUAUGGCUGUCCCCAACUACACCUACCUCAAGCUCAAAAUGCCGGGUCCGAAGGGCGUCAUCACCAUCGGCUCUUCGUUCGAGCACGCCUACGAGUGCGACGUCGAGUGCGUUGAGCGUGCGGAAGCUCAAGCGGAGGACGAGGCCCUCGCAGCCACCCUCGACAAAAUGGCGAGCGAGGCCUUAGACUCCACGCACCGACACGCCGGGAGCUUCGAGCCCGCCGAGGGUAUCAAGAAAGUACCCCUCGACCCAAGCCACUCCGACGACAAGGUGUUGCAGAUCAGCGCCACCCUCGACGACAAAUAGGAAGUGGUGCUCGUCGAUUUCCUCCGCGCCAACGCAGAUAUCUUUGCGUGGAGCCCCUCGAACAUGCCUGGCAUACCGAGGGAGGUCGCCGAGCACUCUCUUGAUGUCCGACCCAACUCCAAGCCGGUGAAGCAGCGCCUAAGACGCUUCGACGAGCUCAAGCGCCGGGCGAUCGGCGAGGAGUUGCAGAAACUUCUGGCGGCCGGAUUCAUCAAAGAGGUAUUCCAUCCCGAGUGGCUAGCUAAUCCAGUAUUAGUGAAGAAAAAGAGUGGAAACUGGAGGAUGUGUGUGGACUACACUAGUCUAAAUAAGACAUGUCCGAAGGUUCCCUUUCCCUUGCCACGAAUUGAUCAGAUUGUAGAUACUACUGCGGGAUGUGAGCUCUUAUCCUUUCUUGAUGCUUACUCCGGUUACCACCAAAUCAAGAUGAAAGAGUCCGACCAGCUCGCGACUUCUUUUAUCACACCUUUUGGCAUGUACUGCUACGUUACGAUGCCCUUUGGCCUCAGAAACGCCGGAGCUACCUAUCAACGGUGUAUGCUCCACGUUUUCGGAGACCAUCUCGGGCGGAGCGUAGAGGCAUAUAUCGAUGACAUCGUUGUAAAAUCCAGGAAGGCGGACGACCUGGUUUCCGAUCUCAGGAUCGCAUUCGAUUGCCUACGGGCCAAAGGGGUAAAACUUAACCCCGAGAAGUGCGUAUUCGGGGUGCCUCGAGGCAUGCUUUUGGGUUUCAUUGUCUCCCAGCGGGGCAUCGAACCCAACCCUGACAAAGUCUCGGCCAUCACUCGGAUGGGACCGAUCCGAGAUUUGAAGGGGGUACAGAGGGUCAUGGGAUGCCUAGCGUCCCUUAGCCGUUUCAUCUCGCGUCUCGGCGAGAAAGGCUUACCCCUGUAUCGACUCUUGAGGAAAACCAAGCACUUCACGUGGACCCCCGAAGCUCAAGAAGCCCUCGAAAGGCUGAAGGCAUCGCUCACUCAUGCUCCCAUUCUUACGCCACCUACGGACGGCGAGCCCCUCUAUCUGUACGUAGCUGCGACGACCCAAGUGGUCAGCGCGGUGAUCGUGGUUGAAAGACAAGAGGAGGGUCAGGCUCUGCCCGUCCAGCGGCCGGUGUACUAUAUCAGCGAGGUGUUGUCCGAAACCAAGACACGCUAUCCGCAGAUUCAGAAGCUGCUCUACGCAGUAGUGCUAGCUCGACGCAAGUUGCGCCACUACUUCGAGGCUCACCCCGUCACCGUUGUCUCGUCUUUCCCCUUGGGAGAGAUAGCCCGCAACCGGGAAGCCGAGGGUAGAAUUGCCAAAUGGUCUGUGGAGCUGAUGGGAGAGACCCUCGCCUACACCCCCCGCAGAGCGAUCAAGUCCCAAAUCUUGGCUGACUUCGUGGCUGAGUGGACGGACACUCAGCUACCCCCAUCACAAAUCCAGGGCGAAUGCUGGAUUAUGUACUUCGACGGGUCGGUGAUGAAAACUGGCGCCGGUGCCGGCAUCCUAUUCAUCUCACCCCUCGGAGAACACAUACGGUACGUGAUCCGCUUGCAUUUACCUGCUUCGAACAAUAUGGCGGAGUAUGAGGCCCUCCUCGGCGGCCUCCGCAUCGCCAUCGAGCUCAGCGUCAAACACCUCGACGCGCGCGGUGACUCUCAGCUUGUCGUCGACCAAGUAAUGAAAGAGUCCAGCUGUCACGACCCGAAGAUGGAGGCAUACUGCAACGUGGUGCGCCACCUCGAAGACAAAUUCGACGGUCUCGAGCUCAAUCAUGUCCCACGCAAGUACAACGAGGAUGCCGACGAACUGGCCUAGAUAGCCUCGGGGCGGACCACUGUCCCCCCGAAUAUCUUCGCCCGCGACAUCGCCAAGCCCUCCGCCGAAUUCAAGGACCCGCCGGAGCCGGGCCCCUCGUCCACCGGGUCCCCCGGCGGGAACCCCCCGGUGGACGGGGUCGAGCCCAUGGACGUUGACUUUGGGACCACCUCCGCGGACGAGGCCGAAGCAAUGGAAGUCGACGAGGCCCCCACCUCGCGAGACUGGCGCGUCCAGUACCUUGACUGGAUGAUUCGAGGGAUCUUACCCUCGAACCGUGCUCAGGCACGGCGCCUCGCCAGGAGGGCCAAGUCCUUCGCUCUAAUCGACAAUGAGCUACACAAGCGCAGUCCCUCGGGCGUCUUGCAGCGAUGCAUCCCCCUCCCCGAGGGCAAGGAGCUGAUCCGCGACAUCCACGCUGGCAUCUGCGGCCAUCACGCCGCGCCACGUACCCUCGUGGGCAACGCGUUUCGGCAAGGAUUUUACUGGCCCACCGCGGUCGCCGACGCCACCGACGUCGUGCGGACCUGCGAGGGUUGCCAGUUCUAUGCUCGAAAAACACAUCUUCCGGCCCAUGCUCUGCAGACCAUCCCCAUCACGUGGCCGUUCGCCGUGUGGGGGCUGGACCUCGUCGGUCCGCUGAAAAAGGCGCCCGGGGGCUUCACCCACUUGCUGGUGGCGGUCGACAAGUUCUCCAAAUGGAUCGAGGCUCGACCCAUCGGCAAGAUCAAAUCCGAGCAAGCAGUCCAAUUCUUCACCGACAUCGUCUUCAGGUUCGGGGUCCCGAACUCGAUCAUCACCGACAACGGCACCCAGUUCACAGGCAAGAAGUUCUUGGCGUUCUGUGACAGCUUCCACAUACGUGUGGACUGGUCGGCUGUGGCACACCCAUAGACGAACGGGCAAGUGGAGCGUGCCAACGGCAUGAUCCUCCAAGGACUAAAGCCAAGAAUCUUCAACAAGCUGAACAAGUUCGGCCGGAGGUGGCUCACGGAGCUACCCUCGGUCAUCUGGAGCCUGAGGACGACCCCGAGCAGAGCCACGGGCUUUUCUCCGUUCUUCCUGGUCUAUGGUGCCGAGGCUAUCCUCCCCACUGACUUGGAGUACGGAUCGCCGAGGCUCAAGGCAUAUCAAGAGCAACGAAACCAGCGAGCUCGCGAAGACUCGCUGGACCAAGUGGACGAGGCUCGAGACAUGGCGCUCCUCCACUCUGCACGCUACCAGUAGUCCUUGCGAAGGUAUCAAGCGCAGAGGGUCCGGCGCCGAGACCUCAACGAAGGGGACUUGGUGCUAAGGCUUCGACAAGACAACAGGGGCCGCCACAAGCUCUCACCUCCAUGGGAAGGACCGUACAUAAUCGCCAAGGUGCUCAAGCCCGGCACGUACAAGCUGGCCAACGAAAAAGGCGAAGUCCUCACCAACGCUUGGAAUAUACAACAGCUACGUCGCUUUUAUCCUUAGCAUUUCAAGCUAUUUGUAUAUUGUUCGUACUCGCAUUUUCAAUUUCCCGAAAUAAUAAGGAAGUACGCUUUACUUAUUGCUUUUUUGGGAACAUUCCCGACCCUCGAGGGCUCGGGCACGCACGAACAUCGAGGUACGCUCGGCUUUACCCUCGGCAAAACCGAGCCUCCCUCGGGGGCUACUACGGGAGGAACCCCCGAACGUCCCCAAAAAGUCGCCAAUGUUUUUUCGAAAUAUCUCCGUCUCGACCCUAAGCUUCUCGUAUCCUUGGAAAAAACGGACGCAAGGCAUAAGCAACUACGGUACGGGGCUGGCCGAGUCGUGGGGCCGCCUACGCCUCCGGGAUACGGCACCCCCCUCACCACCCUACGCCUACGUUGCUUAUGAACGCGA